UUUCUCCUUCCGUCCUCAGACGACAAGCAGUAUGGCAAGCAUACUCGAAGUCGAGGAGCAUUCCCAAAAUUCUAUAUAUUAAUACCCAUACUUGAUAUCGUGCUUUAACGUCGUGUUGAUGCUGCAAGUAACUUACUGAUAACUGCCGCCUACCUUCCGCCUGAUUAGACAUGCAUUCUCCAUCUCCCCUUAAGCUUUUAUCUUGGCUUCUCCUCAUUAAGGCUACAUUUGCAAUAACAAAUCCUAAGCUCAACAAACAUCCCCGACAAGAUGGACCUGUAGACCCAGGAACAGCAACAGAUUGCACAUACUACGACACUGCUUAUGACAGCUCCUAUACCUGUGCAUACUUCGAAGAGAGCUGGGGUCUCACCCACGCCGACUUCAUAGACUGGGUGAAUCCCAUUCCCACAUGCAAUCUUUUCUCUACCCAAUCCAUUCUAUCGCAACUACCCAACCCAAACUAACUAACCGACCCUCAGAACCCCUCCCUCAAAUCCGACUGCUCCGGUCUCAGAAUCGGCAACUCCUACUGCGUCGAAGUAAACUUCGGACUGCCCCGUCCCACCACAACCCUCAAACUCACCUCCACCUCCUCUAGCAGCACCCUCACCACGCCCAUCCCAACCACAACCGGCACCCCCAAGCCCUCACCCACACAGCCCGGCCUCAUCGAAGCCUGCACCACCUUCCACUACGCCGUUUCCGGGGAUGACUGUUCUCUCAUCGUCGCCAAGUAUGGCACCUUCACCUUCGCCGACUUCCUCGCCUGGAACCCCGCGGUAGGGAGCGCGUGUACGGGGUUGUGGGCUUCGACUUGGUAUUGUGUGGGGGUGCCUGGGACGCCGACUGUGAGGCCAACUAGCACUAGUAGUACUAGCACGAGUACGAGUGCAUCGGGGCCGACGCCGACGCAGUCAGGGAUUGUGGGGACCUGUUCGAGGUGGCAUUUGGCGGUUAGUGGGGAUGAUUGUGAGGGGAUUGUGAGGAUGUAUGGGACGUUUAGUUUGGGGGAGUUUUUGGCGUGGAAUCCGAGUGUGGGGAGUAGUUGUGCGGGGCUUUGGUUGGGGUAUUGGUAUUGUAUUGGUAUGUUAUGUUCGUGUUUUCCUCACUUAUGUAGUAGAUUGUUUCUCGAGUCUCUGCUAUGAGAUAGAUGUUACUGUGGGGUUGUGAGUUAGACGUUAAAUGAUUAAUUGCAAACACAGGUAUUCCCGGGACACCAACAACCACAUCCAGCACUAUCACAUCGACGACAGCAACUCCGACGUCAACAUGUAAUCCUUCGGCCCCAACACCAACUCAGCCAACAGCUAUAUGUGGGUGUAAGAAAUGGCACAUGGUCGCUAGUGGGAAUUCGUGCGAGAGUAUUGAGAAAUUGUAUGGCAUCACGGCUGCCGAUUUCAAUAAGUGGAAUCCAAAUGUCGGGACCGCUUGUACGACACUUUGGUUGGGGUAUUAUGUUUGCGUCGGGGUAUGAGAAUGAGAUAAGGUUGCGGAAAGUAAAUAA